CAUUAUAUCUCAUUUUUUACAGCUUAAAUUAAAAUGUUGUAUUUUAUUUAGAAGGGUAUAAAUAAUUUAACUUAAAGCCUAAUUCAACUAAGAAUACAUUUCAGUUAUAGCACACAUGAAUAAUCCAGGUUCUUUUGCUGAUGAAUUUAGCAGAGUAAAAGCGUCAGAACAUUAUGAAACAAUUAAUUCUGUUGGUGUAAAUCAUAAUGUUUCAGAAGCCACUACUAAUCAACCUAGCACAAGUGGUGCAAAACAAUCCCCCGUGAAAGCUGCAUCUUUUUCAGGUGUUUUAGUCAACAAUAAACAAAGAGGCAAUCCAUUGCUUAAAUCUAUUGUUAAUGUGCCAUGGGAAUAUUCAGACGACAUUAUACCUGACUAUGUAAUGGGACGUACAACAUGUGCACUAUUUUUAUCCCUACGUUAUCAUAUGCUAAAGCCUGAUUAUAUAUACAAUAGAGUAAAAUCCUUGGGUAAAUUAUACGAACUACGAGUAUUGUUACUACAGAUUGAUGUCAAAGAACCACAUACAGCUCUAAAACAAUUGACUAGAAUGUGUCUGGUAGCUGAACUUACAUUAAUGUUAGCUUGGACUUCUGAAGAGGCAGGCAAACUAAUUGAAACUUAUAAAAUAUUUGAAAACAAACCACCAGAUCUUAUAAUGGAGAAAGCAGAGACAGAUGACUAUUCCAGAGUAGCCAAUGCACUUACAACUAUUCGUGCUGUAAAUAAAACUGAUGCAGCAUUGUUAUUAUCUACGUUUGGUUCGUUGGAAAAUAUUUGUAAAGCUUCUCAGACAGCUUUAGCAUUGUGUCCAGGGUUUGCUCAACAUAAAGCAACACAACUAUAUAAUACUCUUCAUAAACCUUUCCUUAAACAAAAGACUAAUGAAGAAGACUUACAAUUACAAAAAUAAUGUUAAUAUUAUAGUAUAAUGUUAUUAUGUUUAUGCAUUUCUAUUUAAAUAACUGAUAUUUA